CAACAGAGUAUCAGAACGGGGAUCGAUGCUGUCCUACGUGUCCUGCUGGUUUCUCAUCUGAUCUCUGCAUGGAUGGUAUCUUUUUGUUACCAGAUGGUGUUCCUGUUUUGGAUUUUGCAUCUCUGUUCCUCCCAAAUCUGAGAGAGAUGUCUUCAGCCCGUGGAAACUGUGAUCCUACCUCAUACAAUGGUGUCUAGAAAACAUUUGACAGUUGCACCAUUGCUGAAUGUUCCAAACUUUCUUACUUCACAGAUACUUGUGCUGAGUGUCUUCAGAGGACAUACCCUCACGUGUCCAACAGAGUAUCAGAUCGGGAAUCAAUGCUGUCAAAUGUGUCCUGCUGGUAGUCGAGUUGAAAAAGAUUGCACAGAGUUCAGACAGACUUCCUGUCUGCCUUGCACGGAGGGAACAUUUAUGACUCAUCCUACUCAUUUGAUGAGGUGUUUGUCCUGUUUACACUGCUAUGCAGAUUUUGGUUUAAAGAUGAAGAGGCCAUGUACGACUACCUCAGAUACAGUUUGUGAACCACUGGAGGGAUUCUACUGUCUGUUCUUUAUAGAGGACGGCUGUAUGGAAGCACAGAAACACAGCAGCUGUCAACCAGGACAAUAUAUCAGCCUUAAAGGAACAGCAUUAAGGGACACUGAGUGCUCUGACUGCAGAGAUGGAACAUUUUCUGAUGGGACAUUAUUGACAUCGUGUCAGCCACACACACAAUGUCAAUCAUUGGAUCUUCAGCUGAUAAAACAAGGAACUGCUUCAACAGAUGCUGAAUGUGGAGAACAAAGUUCAGGAGCUGUGAUCGGCGUCGUUGUGGGGGGGCUUGUGAUAUGUUUAGUGGUGGCUGGAAUAUCUCUGCUCGUCGUGUUGAUUCUCAGAAAGAAGGGACGAUUAAAACAUUCAUGUUUUAUUACAGGAAGAAAAAGAAAUGCAGACAAUCCCCAACAGUACUUCAAAAAGAAUAAACAUCCACAUGAAGAAGAAGAACAGCUGCAGGAAGUGGCUGUGAUAAUUAAACACAGAGACAGUUCAUCGGACACGUCAGAGGAAAGAUCAAAACUCUUCACUCAGUCAGUGAAACUGAAGUCUGUGUAGACCACUGCUUUCACACAAAAUC